AUGGAUUAUCAUUAUUUGCUAUUGUUUAUAAAUUGCAUAUCUUUAUGUUUCAGUGCUAAAUUUGAAGGGUGUGAUGUCGUUGUCGAUUCGUCGGUUUGUAUAAAGAACGGUGAGAGUGUCCUAUUACCAAGUGCUCGUAGGCAUGGUCGUGUUCUACAUUAUCGCUUUGAUGAGAACGUUGCGUUGGACUCUAGUGGCUUUGGUAACCAUGGAGUAGGCAAGGUGGUUGGUCACUCCGGCUUCGGUGGCGUUGGUAGUUCAGCAUAUUUCCGCAAGAACUUUAUUUAUCUACGUGAUGUGCAAGAUUUACGAGCCCAAGAAUUCAGUCUACUUUUCUUUGUAUAUCUGUUAAGUGACGACGAAUCUUUGGCUAAUGCUCAGAAAGUAAAUGAGUUUUGUCCUAUCGUCCACAAGGGCAUCCGCAACCCCGCUUUAAGUGAAUGUGCUCCUGAGAUUGCAAUAAAUCCCAAGGACGGUCGAGUCCGGGUGUUGAUUUCAGUGGAGUCGAACCAUACAGUGGAGAUAGACUCAAACUGCCGUCUGCAACCACAUCAGUGGUACCAUCUGGCGGUGGUAAAAGACAAGGCAGCUGUGACACUCUACAUAAACGGUAAUUCAUCUACAUUGAAUGUUAACGCUUGUGUAGGCAUAUUAGACUGUGUCUACCCAAGUAAAGCAUAUGUAAGAUUCAACCCACUACCGCUUUUCAUUGGUGCGUCACCAUAUAUAGGCAUGUGUGACAUGCCUAUCCUCCUUGAUGAGUUUUCAUUCUAUGCCAAGGCCGUCGGCCGUGACGAGAUACAGGCCGAAGCUUCAGCGGCGUUAGGUGGCAUUGAGCCUUCGUAUAUUACGAUCGGUUGUACUAAUUGCGGGAAACAGGAGGCUAUGCGAUCUUGUCCCCAAGGCUACCAUCUAUGCAAUAAAUUUGAGCUAUACACGGGUGGAUAUGGACUAGCGUUAAGGCUUUCUAUUCCUUCGAAUACGGUGAUGGCUGCUGCCAGCGCUGAGCCUUCUUCAGGAGUUGCCUUAUGCUGUGCUAAUCUCCAAGGUUGA